AUGGUUGCGUUAAAUAAUACGGUCAGCUUGAGGGUUGAGGGACUUUUAGGCACCAGUCAUACUGAUGACCUUGCUUGGCUGAUACCCGCAGUAGUGGCGGGGAUUAUUUUCUUCAUCAUCUUCGCUCUUCUUUGCUUCUAUGGCAUCAGGAAAUGUGAGCUGAAGAUCAUGUCUUGUUGUUUCAACACCUGCGGAUGUUGUGGGCUACCUGGCAGGGGUGAAGAUGCUGAUGAAACUAUUCCCUUGACGGGCAGGCUGGCGGGCAACAGCACACAGAUGAAAGAGUACAGGACAAACAGGACUUCGUCACGUGAUCCUUACGAUUUCCUGCUUUGA